CUCAGACUCAAAACUCACGACUCAAGACUCUUGACUCAAGACUCUGACUGAUUUUGGAGUUUGGAGUCGUGAGUCGAGUACAGACCGUUCCUUGACAUUUGUGGUUCCAUUUCACUUGCCUCCGUCCACUCGGCCUUCGCUCCAUCGUGGUGUCGUGACUCGCUUGACAAUCUCAUGGGAACUCAAUCAGCUGACAGCAUACAGCAUGCGGCAUACCGCACACCGCACACCGCACACCGCAUACAGCCACCAUGUCACAGACCCCUCUGCACCUGGUCCGGACAGAGCUUGUCUCCGUCGAUGCGACUAGCGCAGGACAAGACUUGAGCAACUGUUUGAAGCGACUGCCACCAAAUGGAAGAGAAGCUGGUGACAUUUGGACAUGGAUUGCCAAAUGUCUCGAUAUCAGUGUCAGUGCGGGUGCGGGUGCGGCGGCGGGUGCGGCUGCGGGUGCCGGCAGCGUUGAAAACAGACCAGGGAUGGAGGUCACAGCUCAAGGAGAAGCAAGAGCAGCAGCGAAGCCUCCAGCAGAAGCUACAGCCGCAGCGAUGUCUGCAGGUUCAUCCACAUCCACAUCUCUCACAGCAACAGCAAAUGUGUCAACCAAGAAGCGAAAACUGGACGGGGAAGGAGUAGGAGAAGGCGAGGAAGGGACUGAAGCAGUAGCGGAAGUACGCGGGGCUCUGCUCCGCACCAGGCGCCUCGACGCAGCAUUGGGCUGCACCGGCACCACGUCUACUACUACUACCCCCAGCACCACCACCACCACCACCACCACCACCACCACCACUACCGCCACCGCCACCACCACCACCAGCAGCAGCAGCAGCAGACGAAGCAAGCAGGAUGUUCGCACAACACCUCCGGAUGAGGCUAGCGAAGCAGCAAGCUCCCAGAUGGCCGAUACGACUGCUCGAAGGAUCUUUGAACAGCUGUGGAGCACCAUGAAGGGGAAGCAUCACGAUCGCUACUUGUCCCUCUCAUUGACGCCGCAAGCUGAGGAGCAGUUGAGCACGUGCAUGAGGGAUGAUCGGUUCGCAACGGAGCUCGAAGAUUUGAGGCGCGCAUGCAAGACGUCCAAGACAGAACACGAUCUGGAAGAGAAGGUGGCGCAUUUCCUCAAUCAAUCUGCCGAGAUCUAUCGCUUGCAUAGUCCAUCAGCAGCUUCAAAUAUCACCCAAAUUCCCCAGCGCUCUGCUGUAGUCCAGAGUCGGACGAGUGUUGCACUGCGACUCAGGCACAACUUCGAGAACGCAGUCAGCUCCAAGCCAGAGAAUUCCAUCAAACCGGACAUUAGCAUUGGUGAUUGCACCACCAACAAGCGCUGCAAUUGGAAUCAGAUUCUCACUGUUGUCGAGGUGAAGCUAGCAAGUGGCGACGACGGUAAAGUCGAGAUUAUGGGUCAGAUCGCGGGCUACGCGCGCAUGCUCUUCUCUGCCCAUCCCAUCGCCCGUCACGUUCACAUCCUCACGUGGUGUGGCCCCAUAGUCCGACUGUGGCGAUUCGAAGCCAACCGGUAUGCCGUCACGCGGGGAUUGUCCAUCCAUCACGAUGGUGACCUUGCCGACAUCCUCAGAGUUGUUCUGCUAUGUUUGGCAGAUCAACAUUUGCUGCCAACUUGGAAUCCACCCAGAUCCAGCACUCUGAAGCUCACACACCCAAAGGGCAAUACGCAGACUCGCGAAUUGGUGUUGAACGAUGCCGCACCCGCAGAGGCACUUGUUAGACCGGCAGUCCUUGGAUCUAGAACCGUCAUCUUUCUAUAUCCCUCUACUGCUGUGCAGAGCAUUUCCUCGAUGACACUAGGUGGACAGUCGCGACUCUUCGAUGGCGAUAAGCGACUCUUUGUCAAGGCGUCGUGGCGCCCUGAUCGCCUGGUAGGGCACGAGCUCAACAUGCUGCAACUCAUACAAGACGGUCUCAUAAAGCUCAGGGAAGAGAAAAACGAUUGCUGGAGAGAUGUCGACGCUCCGGCUCCGUUGGGUGCGAUGACGGAAGAUGUGGACUGGACCACGUGGGCAGACUCUUCUGGUAACAAGCUGAGCCUCGAUGUGCUGGCUUUUGUCCAGCACAAGGGCCAGCCCAUCCAGCAAGACACUAGUGAAGCGGAUCUUGCGCAAGUAUUUGGCCAGCUGGUCCGGCAGCUCGCAGCCUAUGCUCAAAUUGGCUUGCAUUACCGUGACCUCAACCAGGGCAACAUCCUGAUGCUUCCGGGCGCCGAAGGACGCCUCGCUAGGCUUGUCCUUGCCGAUCAUGGCAACAUGCGCAUUGGCACUGCCCGCCUGCGUGGACCAGACUCGCUUUGCCGAAAGAGGAACGAAGACGAAUGGAUGGAAUUGGCGGAAGACGAUGCUCGUUCAGCCAACCAUCUUUUCCUCCCACUCUGUGCUUUGGACAACGCGAACCAUGCGCGAGCAUAUCGUAGUUGCCAAGAGUGUCUGCCCGAGCUGGAAGCAGCGGAGCGCGAGGCGGAGAUGAGCGGGAGCGAUCGCAGAAUGGAGUUGGCUGCGGGCAAAUUAGCCCAAGCACGUGCGCUCCUCAAGAUGGCGCGCAAACAAGCUUUCCUUCGAUGCCAUCGCUACAUCGAUGAUCUGGAGUCGCUCCUGUACCUAUACUUGUACACGAUUUCGAGACGGCACACACCGACCCAUGACAGGAUCAAGCAGCAAUUGUCCGACAAGGAUCAGAAGGCGAAUCUUUUCGGCCCGAAUUGGCCCAUGGUGAAAAUAGAAUUGAAGGAUAUUCUCAAAGUGUCCUCCACUUUCACUGACUGCAUUGACGAUGUGCAUUUCUUCGUGAAGCGUACUCAGGAGAAGAUGCAGUCCGUGCUUGAGGAGCACUUCAAGAAACACCUGGCCAAUGACGAUUCUGCCAUACCUGAAUUGAAGGUUGACCAAGCGGAAUUGGAUUUGUUUCAGGAUGUGGCCAUGGCAUUCGAGCGAGUAGUGCAAGAGCACGGCAAGUCUCUUGAAAGGAUCACUCAGGCCCUCUAGAUCGGCCUCUGGUUUUGCCUCUUGCCCACUGCACCGUAUGUCCAGCGCUAGCAAAGGUAUGCUGUUAAGGGGGCAGUCUAUAUCAGCUGCGUGUGUGAUGGCAGGGGGGACCUUUGAUGUACGCUGUUCCUCCUUCCACGGCGCCCCCCAGUGCCGGAGUUUUUGGACAUUCUCAUGUUUGUGCGCACAGUCUCUUCUUUCGCUCUUUCCCCGCUUUGUCAUGACGAGGCCAACGUUGAUCACCUCUAUCACUCCUGCACAUGUACGAUAUCACAAGUCAUCACUCCCGUCAUCCAAUGGACAUUCAAAGCCCGUG